AUGCUCAAACUGAAGUUUGCCUUCGAGUUCCGCGCACCGUUGAUGACUGCUAUGCCCGGUCAAAGUUUCGAAGAAGAGUUACGACGUGAGGAUGCGACCGUCUCUAUCCCAUAUUGGGAUAGUAGUCUUGACUUCGAUAUGGACAACGGUGUCAACUCCGUGCUUUGGUCCGCUGAACUCCUCGGGAAUGGCAAUGGAGAUGUCAUAACUGGACCAUUUGCCGGUUGGAUGUCAGGCCGCGGCAUACUUGGCAGGAUGUAUGGCGAUAGAGGCCGUUUGAUUAGUGACGAGAAAAUACAAUUGAUGACAAGCGUCUGUCAAACAGAUAACUUGCAUAACCUGCUAGAGCUUCAUGUUGACAACGAGGUAGUUUUUCCCCAAGUGGACCCCGACAACAGGGAGGAGAGAGAUCAUAUCAUUGAAUACCACCAUAACGGCGUACAUAACUGGGUUGGUGGGGAUAUGGCUGAUGGGUCGUAUGCUGCAUAUGACCCUGUCUUCUACAUGCACCAUGCAUUUAUCGACUUUAUCUGGGAAAAGUUCCGUCGGCACCAGAGCUCCACUUGUCAAAUAAACCCUGAAAAUGCUUAUGCAACACGAACGGGAGGCAGCGGACAUGGUCCAAAUGAUUUGAUGUAUGGAUUUACGUUCUUUAAGAAUAUAGAAGGCUUGAAAAACGUUUGGACUGAGAAGUGGUACAAUUAUGAAGAAUUACCGCAGUGUCCAAAUUGUGGCUCAAAAUAUCUUUACUGUAACACAACCACCAACCGCUGCGUCAGUCAUUCCCGGAGAACAGAUUUUAAUGUCGGAAAGUUCAUGUCCUCACCGGAAGCCUUGACUUUUGGAAUGGUAAACGAACUCGUUGAACCAUUGACUAACAAAAUACCAAGGAGAAUAAUCUCCCCGUUCAUGCCGUCCCCGAAUCCCGAUGGACGAUUUCACGGUACAGCCAAAGAGGAUGCACUGAAUGCAGUCAAUAUUCAGGAAUCUCCAUUACAACCACCUUCUAGUGUAAAUAUAGCUAGAUCUUUUCCAUUCAAUUCAUGGGUUGAAAAUCUAGAACAAGCCUCUGGUGGUACUCCUUCUAGCCGCUCUGGUAGGAGAAGGAGGAGAAAAUUUAUAUCAUUAUUUUAA